AGCUCCCCACCUCCUUCCCUCUCCUCCUCCUCUCUCUCUCUCUCCCCUCCCUCUCUUCUCGCUCCGCCCCCCAAUCCACCCAAGCUCGCCUCGCCUCGCCUUCCCCCCCGCGUCGCCGGCCGCGCGCAUCCCGAGGAGGGAUCGGACGGUCGCCGACUCCCCGCCGGACUUGCCGCCUCGAGCUCCGAGGUCGCACGCCGCGGGGGAUCUUGUCGAAUCCGGAGUAGAUUUGAUCGGGUGAGGCGCCAAUGCCGGGCUCCGCCUAGCCGGAAUCGGAGGCCGGGACGUCGAGAGGCGGCUGCCGGUAUGGGCCGUUCCGGCGGGCGGCGGCGCGACCGCCUGCGAUGGAGCAAGCUCUACACCUUCGCCUGCUUCCGCUCCUCCCACAGCAACAACGAGGCCGCCGGCGGCGGGCCCGCCGCCGAGGGCGGCAGCGCCGUCGGCGGCCCGGGGUUCACGCGCGUCGUCCACUGCAACAACUCCGCCGUGCACCGCCGGAAGCCGCUCAAGUACCCGACCAACUACAUCUCCACGACCAAGUACAACAUCCUCACCUUCCUCCCCAAGGCCAUCUUCGAGCAGUUCCGCCGCGUCGCCAACCUCUACUUCCUCCUCACCGCCAUCCUCUCGCUCACCCCGGUGUGCCCCUUCUCCGCCGUCAGCAUGAUCGCGCCGCUGGCUUUUGUUGUUGGGCUUAGUAUGAUCAAGGAAGGGGUCGAGGACUGGCGGCGAUUCAUGCAGGACAUGAAAGUGAACAACCGCAAGGUUGCCGUCCACAAGGGCGAAGGCGAAUUCGAGUACCGGCACUGGGAGGACCUUGCUGUUGGUGAUGUGGUCAAGGUUGAGAAGGACCAGUUCUUCCCUGCUGAUUUACUACUGCUGUCCUCGAGUUAUGAGGAUGGCAUUUGCUACGUCGAGACAAUGAACCUUGAUGGUGAAACGAACCUCAAGGUAAAGAGGUCACUUGAGGUUACGCUGCCAUUGGAAGAGGACGAGUCAUUUAAGGAUUUCCAAGGAUUGAUAAGGUGUGAGGACCCAAACCCAAGCUUGUACACCUUCAUUGGUAACCUUGAGUAUGAGAGGCAGAUUUAUGCCAUCGAUCCGUUUCAGAUACUUCUCAGGGACUCAAAGCUGAGGAAUACAUCCUUUAUCUAUGGAGUGGUCAUUUUUACUGGGCAUGACAGCAAGGUUAUGCAGAACUCAACUGAGUCGCCAUCCAAGAGGAGCACGAUUGAAAAGAAGAUGGACUUGAUCAUAUAUAUUUUGUUCACUGUACUGGUUCUUAUAUCACUCAUCAGUUCGAUUGGAUUUGCUGUGAGGAUCAAGUAUGAUUUGCCCAACUGGUGGUACUUGCAGCCAGAGAAGUCCAAUAAAUUGGAUGAUCCAACACGUCCUGCUCUUUCUGGGAUAUUCCAUCUCAUUACAGCACUCAUUCUUUAUGGGUAUUUGAUUCCUAUCUCACUGUAUGUGUCAAUUGAACUUGUGAAGGUAUUGCAAGCACAUUUCAUAAAUCAGGACCUUCAUAUGUUUGAUGAGGAUACAGGCAAUACUGCUCAGGCCCGAACAUCAAACUUGAAUGAGGAGCUUGGCCAGGUUCAUACAAUUUUGUCAGAUAAGACUGGCACUUUGACCUGUAAUCAGAUGGAUUUCUUGAAAUGUUCGAUUGCCGGGGUUUCAUAUGGUGUGGGUUCAAGUGAAGUUGAACUCGCUGCUGCAAAACAGAUGGCGUCAGGCGAUGAUGGCCAAGAUAUUCAUGUACAAGAUGUAUGGGAGAAUAAUGAGGAUGAAAUACAGCUAGUAGAAGGAGUGACUUUCAGUGUUGGAAGGACCCGAAAGUCCUCAAUAAAAGGUUUUAGUUUUGAGGAUGACCGCCUUAUGCAAGGGAACUGGACUAAGGAGCCAAAUUCUUCUACGAUUCUUAUGUUCUUCAGGAUACUUGCUGUUUGUCACACUGCAAUUCCUGAGGUGAAUGAGGCAACUGGUGCUCUUACCUAUGAAGCAGAAUCACCUGAUGAAGGGGCUUUCCUUGUGGCAGCCAGAGAAUUUGGAUUUGAAUUUUUCAAGAGAACACAAUCAAGUGUCUUUGUCAGGGAGAAAUUCAGCUCUUCCAAUGGCCCAGUUGAGAGGGAGUUCAAGAUUCUCAAUCUAUUGGAGUUCAACAGCAAAAGAAAACGAAUGUCAGUAAUUCUGAAGGAUGAAGAUGGGCAAAUUCUUCUUUUUUGCAAAGGAGCAGAUAGCAUCAUAUUUGAUAGACUGGCAAAAAAUGGAAGGAUGAUUGAAGCUGAUACGAGCAAGCAUCUCAAUGAUUAUGGUGAGGCAGGCUUGCGGACACUGGCUCUAUCAUACAGAGUGCUCGAUGAAUCAGAAUAUUCCUCUUGGAAUGCUGAGUUUCUUAAAGCAAAGACCUCUAUUGGACCUGACAGAGAAUUGCAACUUGAGCGAGUCUCAGAAUUGAUUGAAAGAGACCUGAUCCUUGUUGGUGCAACUGCAGUAGAGGACAAACUGCAAAGUGGGGUUCCUCAGUGCAUAGAUCGUUUGGCACAAGCAGGUCUCAAAAUCUGGGUUCUGACAGGUGAUAAGAUGGAAACUGCAAUCAACAUUGGAUACGCAUGCAGUUUACUGAGGCAAGGCAUGAGAAGGAUAUGUUUGUCAAUACCCACUGAUGACCAAGUAGCCCAGGAUGCAAAUAAGGCUGCAAAGGAGAGUCUCAUGUCGCAAAUCGCAAAUGGUUCACAAAUGGUCAAGCUAGAGAAGGAUCCUGAUGCAGCAUUUGCUCUAGUUAUAGAUGGAAAAGCGCUCACAUUUGCUUUGGAAGAUGACAUGAAGCAUAUGUUCCUGAAUCUUGCAAUAGAGUGCGCUUCUGUCAUAUGUUGCCGUGUGUCCCCAAAGCAAAAAGCACUGGUGACUCGACUGGUCAAAGAAGGUAUUGGAAAAACUACAUUAGCAAUAGGUGAUGGUGCAAAUGAUGUAGGCAUGAUUCAAGAAGCUGAUAUAGGAGUUGGUAUAAGUGGGGUAGAGGGCAUGCAGGCUGUGAUGGCUAGUGACUUUUCUAUAUCCCAAUUUCGGUUCCUUGAGAGACUACUCGUAGUCCAUGGCCAUUGGUGCUAUAAGAGAAUUGCCCAAAUGAUCUGCUACUUCUUCUACAAGAAUAUUGCUUUUGGACUUACUAUAUUUUACUUUGAGGCAUUUGCUGGAUUUUCUGGUCAAUCAGUUUAUGAUGAUUGGUUUAUGCUGCUCUUCAAUGUUGUUCUUACCUCACUGCCUGUUAUCUCACUUGGGGUAUUUGAGCAGGAUGUUUCAUCUGAAAUCUGCUUGCAGUUCCCGGCGUUAUAUCAGCAAGGACCGAGAAAUCUUUUCUUCGAUUGGUACCGGAUUUUAGGAUGGAUGGCGAAUGGCCUCUACUCAUCUCUGGCCAUAUUCUUUCUCAACAUCUGUAUAUUCUAUGAUCAGGCAAUCCGUUCUGGAGGACAGACUGCUGACAUGGCUGCAGUGGGAACUACUAUGUUCACCUGCAUCAUCUGGGCUGUCAACAUGCAGAUUGCGCUGACAAUGAGCCAUUUCACCUGGAUUCAACAUCUCUUUGUCUGGGGCAGCGUAGGUACUUGGUACCUCUUCAUAAUCGUCUAUGGCUCGGCGUUGAGGUCCCGCGACAAUUACCAGAUUCUACUGGAGGUUCUUGGACCUGCUCCCUUGUACUGGGCAGCAACUCUUCUGGUGACUGCUGCUUGCAACAUGCCCUACCUGAUCCACAUAUCCUACCAGAGAUUGUGCAAUCCACUUGAUCACCAUGUGAUUCAAGAGAUCAAGUACCUGAAGAAGGACGUCGAAGACCAAACGAUGUGGAAGAGGGAGCGGUCGAAGGCCCGGCAGCGGACGAAGAUUGGUUUCACCGCGAGGGUCGAUGCGAAGAUCAAGCAGAUCAGGGGGAAGUUGCACAAGAAGGCCCCAUCCCUAACCAUCCAUACUGUAUCGUAGUGACAUCUGAGUCAUCUGACCGGCGUUUCGACAGUAGUUGUCACCUUACUUUUUUUCUCAUGCAAGGCAGCGGUUUUUGGCUUCUCUCCCAGCUAUACAGUGAAAUUCUUUCUCUUCUUUUUUCUUUUUUUGGUCUUAAUUUUCUGAUCAUAUUGGAUUUUUUUUUCUCCGUUCGUGUAAGGAAUGUUGGGGGUGUGAUGGGUGGCAUUUCCCCGAGUAGAAGUUCCAAAGCCAGCCAUGUAAAAAGUAUAGCUCAUUUCAGUUGGAAGAAGAACCUCUCUAGAUAGCUGACAAUAUAUGUAUAUCUGCAAUUUUGCUUA